UUUGAAGGACUCGAUUUUAAGCAAGCAAUAGCAAGAACACCUGCGAUUGUUGAGAAUGUAGCUUGUAGUAUAGAUCCGAGUUACAAGCGACCCACGUAUUGCCCUGUACGACAGUAUAUUGAAUUCCUGAUCCAAGAAGGGCUCAUUGAUCGAGAGUUAGGGACGGUUUAUGUUCAAGGCUAUGAGAUUGCUCGGUUCAGUCGAGAUCCUCUGAGCCAGGAACAAUAUAUCGAUAUCAUGAAGCAUCUGGCUGCAAUUCUUCAAAACAUGGGU